AUGGCAUACCUUACAACUGUGUGGAAUCUCAAAUUCACAUAUGCAGCUGCAAUUGUGAAUCUUUUCAAAGGUUCAAUUCAGUUAAUGCCAAUGGCAAUGCAAUUCCUGGUUGAUAGCUAUACUGGUCACUUCUUCAUGCUUCUAUUCACCUCCAUCUCAUAUUGCAUUGGAUUGGGCUUGUUGACUAUUUCGACACCGCCUGUUACUGGAAUUUGUGGCGAAUAUGAGGCGAAAUGUAUUGGCGAAGAAGGGAGGGAGCUUUUUUUCGCCGCCUUGGCUUUUAUAGCUGUGGGAAUGUCUGGUUUUAAUGUCUCUGCCCAUAAGUUUCAAUAUUUUCAAGUUGUGGCAGAGAUGGUGAAAGGGACUUCUUAUGACUUCGGUUUUAUGUACAGGAGUUGUUAUGUAGUGACAUCUACUAUUCCUAUCGUGUUGAUUUUGGUGAUUUCGUUUGUAAAACAAUGGUUGAUCCAUUUUGGGUUGCCUGUUGUGUUUACUUUGAUUGCGACUGUUUUAUUUGCAUCCGGGAGUUGUGAAUACGAGGUACGAGAUCUAAGUGAGAAGGGGAGUCCUUUAACGGCUAUUUUCAGAGUAUUUGUAGCUUCUAUAUUCAAGAGGUAUGAGGAAUAUCCUGCAAAUCCAAAUGAGUUAUACAAGGGGAAUAGUGAUAGUAACGAAAGACUGAGGCACACACCCCUCCUGAGGUUUCUUGACAAGGCUGCAAUAAUUUUGCCUACAUCCAGUUUGGUCGACCAAGAACGAGAGAAAUGGAGACUUUGUAGUGUUACAGAAGUGGAAGAGACGAAAAGGAUGAUUUGUAUUAUACCUAUAUGCUUAUCUAUCAUCGUUUUUGGUGUUGUAUCAGCCUUAGGCGACACUUACUUUCAAGAACAAGCCACAACAAUGAACGCCAAGAUCUGGCGGUUGACAGUGCCUCUAAACUUCUUCAAAUUGAUUUAUAAUGGAUGGCAAGGUCCACGAGGGCCAACAGAUCAAGAUAAGUUUCCAGGUCUCUUUGGGGUUGGAUUCGUCAGAUUGUUGGUCGCAAUGGUAAUAGGCAUAGUGUGUUGUUCAACUGCUGCGAUCGUGGAAUUUUGUAGGCUUAAGGCGAAUAAGUAUCCAAUGAGUAUCCUAUGGUUGAUUCCACAAUUUAUUCUUCUAGGAAUUUUCGAAAGAAAGUACGAGCAGGGAAGUUAUAACCUUUUGGCUCAAACUAUUGGUCCGGCGAUGAAGGAGGAUUAUUUGGGGCAUGUUGUUAGCAUUUUCUCGGGUAUUGGGAUUAUAGGAGGUACAGUUGGUGUGCUUGUGGUUGACUUGAUUAGCAAGAGUGGCGGGAAGGGCGGUUGGUUUCAGGAUAGUUUGAACGAGAGUCGACUUGACUAUUACUACUGGCUGCUAGCACUUCUAGGUGUUUUGAAUGUUGGUUUCUUCCUUUUUAUGAAUCGUGCCUGCAAUUCUUGGCUAGCUCAACUCGAGGAAAUACGUAAUGAAAGAGAUGAAGAUGUUUCGGCUAUAGAAGCUAGCUACGAUCGCAGUGAUCUGAUCAGGCCGUUUUUAGAAUGA